AUGGACACAAAACAAGGCUUGUUCUCCACACUCAAAGACGACUUAAUGAAAGGUUUGUUGCCGGCGAGCGGUGGUUCUCCGAUUUCAACUUUACUCAGGCGGAGGAAGAAAGACCAUGUUCCUCCACUGGACUUGCUGUUUGCAGAAAGAUGCCACUCUAGGCCACAGGUGGAAGCAAUGUCGCCGUUGAAAGAGGGCCCUGAGGAAACAGAAUGUAGCUUCUCCAUUUCCUCCUCUUCCGAUCUCAGGCUGCUGCUUGGUGUACUGGCUGCACCUCUGGCUCCUCUCCGUGUCAGCACCACCGAGCCCUUUCCUCACCUUGCUAUCAAAGACAUUCCCAUUGAGACAUCUUCUGCUCAGUACAUAUUGCAGCAGUACAUAGCUGCUUCCGGGGAACUGAAGCUUCAAGAUUCCAUUUACGAUGCUUAUGCAAUGGGGAAUGUGAGGAUGAUUGCUUCCGAGUUUGAAACGGCUAACACUAUGCACAAGUUUCAGCUAAAAAAAAUAGUCCACAGUGAAGACCGUAUGCAAAAACACGCGCCUCCUGCAUCAAAACCACAACGUUGCGCACCAAAACCAGCCCCACCUUCCAUAAUUAUGUCAAAUCAAGCCGUUACCGGUCCGUACAACUUGUCUUUAUUCCCAAAGCUCUCAAUUGUUGUAUGGAGUCACAUUCCAACUUGCACAUAA